GGAAGCCAUUCCUUACAAGAAAAGGAACCUCCGUAUGAUGUUCUGUACUUAGUGCGGGGGUCUUCCUCACUUUUACAAGCACAUAGCACACCAUUACCCUGUCGGUCAUGUUCUAUGACACAUUAUUGACACCUCAUGUGAGGCGCACAGGGACACUCGUGAGUCUGUGCUCGUUUCAUUGGAAGCAGUGUUAAAUAUAGCUAUCCUCCUCCAUUAAACAUACAAAAGAAUAUUUCAGUUUCAUUUAUUAUAUUGAGCUGACGUUUGCUUGUGCGGAUAUGGCGUUAAUUGUUUGAAAGUAAGAACCGUAGGAUUGUAGGAAAACGUUUAAAUAUGUCGUUUUUCGCCGUUAGAUGUGCAUCAUGAAUCAGUGACAUCCAAAUGAUUUACGCUACCACCGCCACAGCUCGCGAGAGACACGCAUGCGCAUUGUCAAAAAACAGCCGGUCUUAAAAAAAAUCCUUAUGCCAACGGAUGUAAUCAAGGCAAAGAAUAUCUCUUAUCUCUGGGCAUACAUGGUGAAAUUCCCAUGGGAUCAGAGCGGAUGGAGAUGCGAAAGAGGCAGAUGUCGGUGCAGCAAGAGUCGGUGGCGGGCACCACAGCACCGGCACAGAACGAGCAGCCUGGCCAGGGGAACCGUGGCUCCAACGCCUGCUGCUUCUGUUGGUGCUGUUGCUGCAGCUGCUCCUGUCUCACUGUUAGGAAUGAAGACAGAGAAGAGAGGAACCGGAGAGCCUCGUAUGAUCUUAAAGCAGAGGGGAAUGCAGACUUCGAGGAAAGUCUGAAACCGACUGCGGAGGAGGUCCUCUUAUGGGGGCAAUCUUUCGACCAACUGAUGCACUGCCCCGCUGGAAGAAGUGCCUUCCGGCAGUUUCUGCGCACUGAGUUCAGUGAGGAAAACAUGCUCUUCUGGUUAGCCUGCGAGGAAUUCAGUAAGGAAACCAAUAAGAGCGUCAUCGAGGAGAGAGCACGGAUAAUAUACGAAGACUACAUCUCUAUCCUUUCACCCAAAGAGGUGAGCCUCGACUCUAGAGUUCGAGAGGUUAUAAACAGGAACAUGUUGGAGCCAACAUCCCACACGUUUGACGAUGCCCAGCUCCAGAUAUACACACUAAUGCAAAGGGACUCAUAUCCGCGAUUCAUGAACUCGCCGGUCUACAAAAACCUGAUCAAGACAGUCUCUGAGCAGUUGGUGGAAUCUUAGAUCUCUGUGAUCCCGGUUGAAUGCCCCAUCCCUAUCUUUUGGUUGUUACCUUUUCUUGUGUAGAAUAUGUUUAAAAGGACCUCAGCGAGGGUCUUCCCAGGGAUUUUACUGCUAUAGCGAUCUGUACCUGAAAAAAAGACACUCAGGUCUCCAGGUCACUGGAUUAAAAAAAAAAAAAAAAUGUCUCAAAUUUCCUGAGGGCUCAACACCACAAGUACUGCUACAGAUCAGCAUAGCAAACGAUGCUCCAAAGGAUUAUCAGUGCGUUUAGAUGUUUUAAAGAAAAAAAAUCUAUUUUAUUUGUGUUGAAGGGUUGUUUUUAUUAAUUUUUUUUAUAUCAAUGUUCGAAGGAAGAUGUGAUACCAAUCGUGGACUAUAUACAGUAGAUAUAUUUAUGAAUUUAUCUUACAUUCCUUCAGCCUUUUUUUUUCUCUCGUGUGAUAAUAUUUAAAGAAGAGGGAAUUAUGGGGCAACAAGUAUUGCCUGAAAAAUGCGUAUGAGAAUCAAAGCUUAAGUCAAGGCAACACUUCACAGGAGCAGUCUGUUGUAAACAGUAUUGUUUCAGCUACUUUAUCAAAUACUCCCUAUUAUAAUGACUUGGCAUCUCCAAUGAGAAAUCAUCAUUAUUUCCUAAAGAAAAAACCCUAAAAACUGUAAUUAAAGAGAUAAUUGUUGUAAGCGGAAAUAUAUUCAAUUAAAAAAAGGUUGAACUGUAUCAUGGAUAAGAAAUAAUUAUUAUCAUAAUGCAUAUAUCAGACAGCUUAGUACAGUUAUUUUCUCUGCCUUAUGUACUGCUUGAAAAUAUCAAGAAUUUAUUUACAGAAAUAUCAUGAAUCUAUAAGUGUUUUUCUGUAUCAUAGCAUUCAUUUAUUCCUAGCCACAUUCAGAACGAGCAGCUAAGAGUUGGUUGGGCAUGGCAACAGUUCCUUGCAUGUACUCAACCCAAAGACACUAUGAAGACUGAAAGCCUCAUCUGUGUACAGUAUAUAGAGGAAGUAUUAUUUUUAUGAAUGACCUUGAAUAGAAGAGAUUUAACCUGCAGGUAUUAUACUACAGUAUCAAAUGUGCUGUAUUUCUAAACAUGAGCACUGAAUGGGAAGGUGCAGGUUUUAUUGCUAGGACCCUCAGAAGUAGAUGACACCAAAGUAGCCAAGUUCAGUAAAACUGUGUGAUUAGCUUUCUCUCCAAUACAACUGACUAGAAUUGGAGCUGCCAAGUUCUUACUAUAUUUUUAGUUCUGUGAAUUUACUUUGUUGCCUGACUCUCAUGUCACUCAAAGACAAGAUCCUCACUCGGGGAAGUGCCUUGACAUUCAAUUUUGUGGCAUCUCUUUUUUGGCAAUAGUUGAUUUAAACUCUUGCCACAUACAGUAUGUAGACUCUGGGCCUUUGAUCAAUUCACCAGAUGACUUGUCCUGCACUGUGAUGUCUGAAUUGAACGAUUACACUUCAUAUGCCUCUAGUUUUGGAGCAAAAAACACCAUUGGUUUUGUCAAAUGCUGAAGUCGCACAUUUAAGAAAGUGGGUCUGUUUGCCAGUUAGUCAGGUACAAUUCAUUAAGAUUAUUGAUCUGAGUCCAGACAUACAUCUACCAACAUGUAUUUCAUGGUGGUGCUUCUACUUGUCUUAGGCUAACUUAAUAUGAAAUGUGCAAUUGAUAUGUGCAAUUUGAGCUGAUGGAUUCACCACAUAGAUCAACCUCAAAAACAAUCUAAGCCAAUGGUUUGGAGUUAUACUGCCUAUGAAUCUUUUUUUUUUCUUUCUCUCUCUCUCUCUCUCUCUCUUUUUUGUUGUUGUUGUUGUUGUUCUGUAACGUAUACAAAAACAAGUGUUAUUUUCCAAUCAGUUUACAUACAAAUUAUUAUAAAUGUUUUAAUUAAUAAUAUGUGAAUGUUUACAGUAAUCAGAUUCGUUUUUUUUUUUGUUUUAAUGAAUUGAGAAAAAUAAUGAUUUGUGGGCAUUUGGAAUCUUUAAGAUACA